GUAACGAGACAGAGAGAGAGAGAGAGAGAGAGAGAGAGAGAGCAACAGAGAGAAAGAGAGUGAAACAGAAACAGUGUCAGAAGAGCACGGUCCAGGCCUUGCUCACCCACCCUCACUGGGACUUUAUACAGCAGCAACCCACUUCAGUCAUUUCAAGUGUGUGUUUGUAGGAGAGAGGGAGAGAAAGAGAGAGAGAGAGAGAGAAAGAUUGAGUAGGAUUGUGUGUCCAGUAGCGUGUGUGUGAGUAUUUGUGUGUGUGUGCGAGAGAGAAAGGGAGUGCGUGUCAUCAGACAGAUUUCUCACGCAGGGGCACCCAAGACUCCCAGCAUCUCACCGGCCCUGCCUGCCUCGUCCUAUCAGAUCGUGGUGUCACAGCGAGCGGACCACGCGACCACGUUCCUGACUGCUUAUUUGUCCUCAGCCUGAGCAUCGGUCAGCCAGACUCUACACUCUCUCAUCCGUGGCAGCCUGACCUGACCCGCCGCAGAGAAGAUGCUCCAGCAUUUAGGGGCUCUAAGGGGUGGCCUGGGGGUGCUGGGCUGGAGGCGUGGGUACCUCUCAUUCCGCUCAUCCCACUCUGCCAACCAGAAUGUGGAGUACAAGCCCAUCAAGAAGGUCAUGGUGGCCAACAGAGGUGAGAUCGCGGUGCGUGUUUUCCGCGCCUGCACGGAGCUGGGCAUCCGCACCGUGGCCGUUUACUCCGAGCAGGACCGCAGCCAGGUGCACCGGCAGAAGGCCGACGAGUCCUACCUGAUCGGCAAGGGCCUGCCCCCCGUCGCUGCCUACCUCCACAUCCCGGACAUCAUCAAAGUAGCCAAGGAGAAUAACAUUGAUGCCAUCCAUCCGGGCUAUGGCUUCCUGUCGGAGCGAGCUGACUUUGCCCAGGCGUGUGCAGAUGCCGGGGUUCGUUUCAUCGGGCCCUCCCCGGAGGUGGUGCGCCAGAUGGGGGACAAGGUGGAGGCUCGUGCCCUGGCCAUCCAAGCCGGUGUGCCCGUGGUUCCUGGUACCAAUGCGCCCAUCUCGUCACUGAAGGAGGCAGAGGAGUUUGCCAAGACCUACGGCUUCCCCAUCAUCUUUAAAGCAGCGUACGGAGGAGGGGGCCGCGGCAUGCGCGUGGUCAAGGAGUACGAGGAACUCGAGGAGAACUACAACAGGGCUUUCUCUGAGGCCUUGGCAGCCUUUGGCAACGGGUCUCUGUUUGUGGAGAAGUUCAUUGAGAAACCAAGGCACAUUGAGGUGCAGAUUCUAGGUGAUAAGUAUGGGAAUGUGAUCCACCUGUAUGAGAGGGACUGCUCCAUCCAGAGACGGCAUCAGAAGGUGGUGGAGAUCGCCCCUGCUGCCCAGCUAGACCCACAAAUCAGGGACAGACUGACAGCCGACUCCGUCAUCCUGGCCAGACAGGUGGGCUACGAGAAUGCCGGCACCGUGGAGUUCCUAUUGGACAAGCAUGGCAAGCACUACUUCAUCGAGGUCAACUCCCGCCUUCAGGUGGAACACACCGUCACCGAGGAGAUCACUGAGUGGACGCUGGUGCAGACACACACACACACACACACACACACACACAUGUCUGACCCAUAUGUUCUCUCUGUCCAGGUCUUCCGGAGUGGAGAGGGGAUGGGCAUCCGUCUGGACAGCGCCUCGGCCUUCCAGGGUGCUGUGGUGUCGCCGCACUACGACUCGCUGCUGGUCAAGGUCAUCUCCAGCGGCAAGGACCUGCCCACCGCCGCCGCCAAGAUGCACCGAGCCCUCGUCGAGUUCCGCAUCAGAGGGGUCAAGACCAACAUCCCUUUCCUGCUGAAUGUCUUGAGCCAUGACCAGUUCCUGUACAGCACUGUGGACACCCAGUUCAUUGAUGAGAAUCAGAAUCUCUUCAACCUCAAGCCAGUGCAGAACAGAGCCCAGAAACUACUGCAUUACCUCGGUUAUGUAAUGGUUAAUGGGCCAACAACACCAAUACCAGUCAAAGCCAAACCGUCUACUACUGACCCAGUCGUCCCUACUGUUCCUCUUGGUGAGCCCCCCAAGGGCCUGCGUGAUGUGCUGCUGAAGGAGGGUCCUGAGGGUUUUGCGCGGGCAGUGCGCAACCACCCUGGCCUGCUGCUGAUGGACACCACCUUCCGCGACGCCCACCAGUCCUUGCUGGCAACACGCGUGCGCACGCACGACCUCAAGAAGAUUGCGCCGUUCGUGGCGCACAACUUCAGCAACCUCUACAGCCUGGAGAACUGGGGAGGUGCUACAUUUGACGUGGCCAUGCGUUUCCUGUAUGAGUGUCCUUGGCGGCGUCUGCAGGAGUUGAGAGCGCUCAUCCCCAACGUGCCGUUCCAGAUGCUGCUCCGCGGAGCAAACGCCGUGGGCUACACCAACUACCCCGACAAUGCCGUCUUCAAGUUCUGUGAGGUUGCCAAGGAGAACGGCAUGGACAUCUUCCGCGUCUUCGACUCGCUCAACUACCUUCCCAACAUGCUCCUGGGAAUGGAAGCGGCCGGCUCGGCGGGCGGCGUGGUGGAGGCGGCCAUCUCCUACACGGGCGACGUGUCCGACCCCAUGCGCCAGAAGUACUCGCUGGACUACUACCUGGGGCUGGCCGAGGAGCUGGUCAAAGCCGGCACACACAUACUCUCCAUUAAGGACAUGGCGGGGCUUUUGAAGCCUGAGGCUAGCCGCGUGCUGAUUGGUGCACUGCGCGACCGUUUCCCUGAGGUGCCCAUCCACGUGCACACCCACGACACGGCGGGGGCAGGAGUAGCGGCCAUGCUGGCGUGCGCCGAGUCUGGUGCUGACGUUGUGGACGUGGCUGUGGACUCCAUGUCCGGCAUGACCUCCCAGCCCAGCAUGGGUGCGUUGGUGGCCUGCACCAACGGCACCAAACUCCACACAGGCAUCUCCAUGGACAAGGUCUUCGACUACAGCGAGUACUGGGAGGUGGCCAGGGGCCUGUACGCGCCGUUCGACUGCACGGCCACCAUGAAGUCCGGCAACGCCGACGUGUACGAGAACGAGAUCCCGGGCGGUCAGUACACCAACCUGCACUUCCAGGCGCACAGCAUGGGCCUGGGCAACAAGUUUAAAGAGGUGAAGAAGGCCUACGCGGAGGCCAACAAGCUCUUGGGAGACCUCAUCAAGGUGACGCCGUCCUCCAAGAUCGUGGGCGACCUGGCCCAGUUCAUGGUGCAGAACUCGCUGACGCGGGCGGAGGUGGAGGAGCGCGCCGACGAGCUCUCCUUCCCGCUGUCCGUGGUGGAGUACCUGCAGGGCCUCAUCGGCAUCCCCCACGGAGGCUUCCCCGAGCCGCUCAGGUCAAAGGUGCUGAAGAAUCUGCCCCGUAUUGAAGGACGUCCGGGCGCCACCCUGCCCCCUCUGGACUUUGAGGGUCUGGAGGCCAAUCUGAAGUCCGUGUGGGGUGAAGAGAUCACGCCGGAGGACGUCAUGUCCGCAGCCAUGUACCCAAAGGUCUUCCAGGAGUACAAGGAGUUCACAGCCCAGUACGGCCCCGUCGAGUGCCUCAACACGCGCCUCUUCCUGGACGGACCAAAAAUCGCUGAAGAGAUCGAGGUUGAGCUGGAGAGGGGCAAGACCCUCCACAUCAAAGCCCUCGCACUCGGCAACCUCAAUAAGAUCGGCCAGAGGGGAGUGUUCUUCGAGCUCAACGGUCAGCUCCGCACUGUCCUGGUCAAGGACACCUUGGCCAUGAAGGAGAUGCACUUCCACCCCAAGGCCCUGAAGGACGUGCUUGGCCAGGUGGGGGCGCCGAUGCCCGGUAAAGUGGUGGAGGUGAAGGUGAAGGAGGGCCAGAAGGUGGAGAAGGGCCAGCCCCUGUGCGUGCUCAGCGCCAUGAAGAUGGAGACGGUGGUCAACUCGCCCGUGGCCGGCACGGUGGCCAAGUUGUAUGUGAACUCCGACAGCACGCUGGAGGCCAAUGACCUCGUCAUGGAGAUCACCGAGGACUAGGAUGGACACUG